GCUCCUCCACCUGCCCCUAAUUAUUUGAUCUUCCCCAAAUUUGUAGGGUUUUCAAAAUCUUCCAGGGUUUUCUCGAUGGCCACCGCGACCGAAUCGAAGAAGAUGAUCACGCUGAGGAGCUCCGACGGCGAGGAAUUCGAGAUCGAGGAGGUCGUGGCCAUGGAGUCGCAGACGAUCAGGCAUAUGAUCGAGGACGAGUGCGCUGAGAGCGGGAUCCCGCUCCCCAACGUCAACAGCAAGAUCCUGUCGAAGGUGAUCGAGUACUGCAAGAAGCACGUCGACGCUGCUUCCGCUAAGACCGACGAUAAGUCCGGCGAUGAGGAGUUGAAGGCUUGGGAUGCCGAUUUCGUCAAGGUCGAUCAGCCUACGCUGUUCGAUCUCAUCCUGGCUGCGAACUACUUGAACAUAAAGAGCUUACUGGAUCUCACCUGUCAGACUGUUGCUGAUAUGAUCAAGGGGAAGACUCCUGAAGAAAUUCGAAAGACUUUCAACAUCAAGAACGACUUCACCCCUGAGGAAGAGGAGGAGGUUCGCAGGGAGAACCAGUGGGCCUUUGAGUGAGGGCCUUCAUGCUUCAUUUGGUGCUUUUGUCUAGUCUCCGAUGCUUUAUCUUAGUUUGGUUAAGUUGCUGGUUUAUAGGAGUUGGGUAAAGGGAAAAAAUGCUAACUUUGUCACUUGAAAAUGCUUUCCAUUUAUAUCGACUUUUAUAUGUAAAUAUGAAGAAGCUCUUAACUUUAAGCUCUCUGUUGUUCAAUCGUUGCAUUCUGGUUUGUAUGGUUCUGGAUCCUC